UGCCACCAUGUCAGCGAUCUCUGGAUCCCACUUUUAAAAAGUGUGAAAAAGUGUCAAGCCUGUGGCUCGAAACCGAGUUAUUGAGAUAUAAACACAAACAUUUAUACCACUAAACUAAAUUAUACUUUGUACAUUGAUGGCCGAAACUAAUAUAUAUUUAUGAUAGGUUACUCUCUCCUUAAGGUGUAUACAAAUGCAUUUUAUAAAGACUGUGGGGUCCAUGAUUCUCGGUUUGGUUUAGUAAUUCUGUUCUCGUGUUUGGUUUUUAAAUUAUAUGGUAUGAUUUGAGUUUUCCCGUUCAAUUAAUGUUUUAUUAUGUUAUUAAACACAACAUUUUGUUGAUUAGUUUUUUUUUAAUUAUUCUUCGUCUCUUUACCUUUGCCGUCUCCGUUCAGCUUCUCUGCAAACCAAACAUUAAUCUUCCCUAUUGUUCAAUGUAUGUCUCUUGAUUUACCAAUUAAUGUUUUUCGUCAUUUAAUUCAGAAGCGAUGUCGACCUCUCCGUUUCCUUCACGCCAAACCUUUAAAUUAUAGUUGAAUCUUCAGAACCUUUGUUAGUUAAUCUUCUUUAUCAAGCGUUCAUUGUUGCUCGACUUCCCCCGUUUUUGGAACUCGAAAAACAUCAAGAAGCAUGGUGAAUUCAUGGGAACCACUCUACUCAGGUAUUGUAUCGACAAAAAAUUAAGAGAUUAUUUACUUUCAUUUUUUUUUUUUUGCUAUAUGUUUCAGAUUGUCUCUAAUCACACUGCAGAGAAUUAUAUGAAGUCAAAGAAGGCAAAUAAGAAGUUUGAUUUCAAGGUGUUCACCGAGACCGGUCCAAAAACAAGUUUGAUUACGGAUGGUACACAACAAAGUAAGCGUACAAAUCUGAUUUCUUUUUUAUGAAUUAGAAUUUCAAGAAGAAAACAUCAAAAAGAAACAUAAGAAUUUUAUCUGAUUAAUUUUCUAUAUUAUAGGUUCAAGAUAGAUGGCAGUGACCUUAAGAAUAAAGGAGGCAAGCCUACUGUUAGAGUUUCUAAUGUUGGCCACGCAUUGCAUGUCUGGCUCAAUGGAGAAUACCAUGGUAAGAUUGAGAAACUACAACAUUUAGAUGUUAUGUUUAGAGAACUGGAAUAAUUAAUGAAUUUGUUCAGGAAACGGACAUGGUAGCCAUGAUGAGAAGAGCCCAUGGUCAUUGGCAGGACCCUCCUUCUGUUACUUUCUCUGUGCUAAGCCUAGCGAUGCAUUUCCAUGGAUGGCUCUCCUUCUUCAUUACACUAUACUAUAAGUUGUCUCUCAAACAAGAUAAGACGGGUUACUAUGAAUAUGUUGGUUUCUGUCCAUGAACUCUUGGUUCUGGAGUGCAGUUUUCCACACUCGGUAAUCAUCUACACAUUACUUUUAUCAUCCACAAUCUUCUGGUGAUCUUUCUCUAUGGUUUCUCAGGGAUGUUGACAUCACAAAGAGGUUGGACUACUCAUCUGCAAUAGCCGUUCUCGGAUUCUCACUCAUCGUAUCCAUCCUAAGAACCUUUGAUGUUCGGGUGGAGGCUGCAAGAGUCAUGGUAUCCGCUCCAGUACUAGCUUUAGUCACCACCCACGUACUGUACAUUAACUUCUACAAACUUUACUAUGGUUGGAACAUGAUUGUGUGUGUGGCCAUGGGAGUCGCUCAGCUUUUCCUAUGGGCAAGAUGGGCAGCUGUUUCUAGGCAUCCUUCUAAUUGGAAAGUGUGGGUGGUUGUGAUAGCUUCAGGUUUAGCUAUGCUUUUAGAGAUAUAUGACUUCCCUCCGUAUGGAGGCUACUUCGGUGCUCACUCUAUUUGGCACCUCGCCACAGUUCCUCUAACCAUUCUCUGGUGGAGCUUUAUUAGAGACGAUGCUGAGUUCAGAACUUCCAUUCUUUUCAAGAAUUCUAAGAUAAAGGCGAAGUAAGUUUACUUACAGAUGCAGAGGUUUCUUGAGCUUUUUCAAUGUUUUUUAUUCAGAGAUUUGACUUGGCCUUGCUUUUGGUCAAUUGAGUCUUAAGACUUUUGUCAAUCUUUUUGGAGUUUUAAGACUUUUGUUAAUAUUAUGAGAAAUUCUUGUGAUCUAUAUAUGAUUGUGUUAAUAAAAUUUGAUUUUACAUAAAUUGUGUGAAUUGUAGGGUUUAAUUUAAUUAAAAAAAUUAGCUUUAAUGACCAUUCAUACAAAAUCUAAAGUAUUUCAAUAAUUUCAUGACAUAUUAACCAUUGCGUAAAGUCACUUAAAACA